AUGUUUCUCCCACUUAUUCUGUUUUCAUUAUGUAUUCCUAUUGGGUCAUCUCCACCCGAGGCUCGUCUCAUCAAUGAUUUGUUGGCGGGUUAUGUGACAGAAGAGCGUCCCGUUUUGGACAGUGGCAAGCCAGUGGAUGUGGUGCUAGGAGUGAUUAUGCAAAACAUUAUCAAUCUGAACGAAAAAGAGGAAUUAUUCGAGGUGAAUGCUUGGCUGAAAUAUCAGUGGUUGGACGAGAAUCUAAGAUGGGAACCCGAGCAUUACGAGAAUGUUUCCGAUCUUCGUUUUCCCGCUGGCACUGUUUGGCAACCGGAUAUUUUGCUUUACAAUAGUGUUGAUUCGACUUUUGACUCUACUUACAAAGCGAACAUUGUCGGCUAUGCGGAUGGGCGAAUGGAGUGGCUUCCGCCAGGUAUUUUUAAAAUCUCAUGUAAACUCGACGUCACCUAUUUUCCCUUCGACACGCAAUUAUGCUGGUUUAAAUUUGGUUCAUGGACUCACACGGCUCAACAAGUCAAUUUACAAGAAGGGAAAUUCGACUUUUCUGAUUUCAUGGAAAAUGGGGAAUGGAUUGUGGAAAAAUUCUGGGCAAACAUCACCGCAAGCGAGUACAACAAUGCCGUCUAUCAGGCGGUCUACUUUUACAUCAAACUAAAGAGGAGAACUUUGUACUAUUUCUUCAAUUUGAUUAUGCCAUGUCUGAUCACGAUGGUCUUGAACGUUUUGGGAUUUACGCUAAGGCCAGAGUCCGGCGAGAAAGUCGGCCUUCAAAUCUCGGUUUCGCUCGCGAUUUGCAUCUUCUCCGAGAUGAUGAACGCGAUGAUCCCACAGACAUCGGAAGCUGUGCCAUUGCUGGGUAUUUUCUUCCAAUCCUGUAUGGUUCUCUCGGUGUUUGCGACUUUCUUCACAGUCUAUGUACAAUGUUAUCACUUUAAAAUCCACCAGAACUCGCAUCGGAUGUCAUUUUGGAUGCGCUGGUUGUUGCUCGAGUGGGCGCCGUGGUUGAUGAGGAUGAAAGUGCCGAGACGGAGAAAUGAUCUCACUUCACUAAAAUCCAGCUGGCAACAGCGCAAAGCUGAAAAGGAAGAGGACAACAAAACCGCGUUCACAUAUAACGAGGGUCCACUCAAACUGAUGGCUGCAAUGAGUAAUACGAUGAAGGAUAAUUUCGAUAACCUUGUCUUUCAGGUUCAAAAAGCGGAUCGACAUAAGGACAGUGUACUAGCAAGGCGGCUGAAUGUUUUAGAGAAAAUCUAUAAUCAUGUCAAGAUGAUUCGUGAACAUGAUGAUGACACGAAUGAGGAAAAAUUGGUGGAAAGCGAGUGGAGAUUCGCCGCUCUCGUCGUCGACCGUUUAGGCCUUUUGACUUUCACGGCGAUGCUGAUGGGAACGAUUUUCUGGAUUGGUCUCAAGGCUCCCUAUUUAGCCGCU